UACUGCCAGAGCCCGGCCUGGCUUGGCCUUUAAAUUUAGUGGGCGGAGAGAGGCGGGGCUCAGGCCAGGCCACAUCCCGAUCAGCCACGUCCAUCCCCCUGAUUACUGGGCCCUCCCAGUCCCUGGGCGCACUUCCCGGAUCUCUCCCACGAGGGGGCGGGCUGUGGUCAAAUCUCCCGCCAGGUCGGCGGCCGGGCGCUGAUUGGCCCCAGGGCAGCGGGACCGACUCGUGAUUGGCCAGCACGCCGUGGUUUAAAGCGGGUGCCGCGGGAACCAGGGGCUUACUGCGGGACCGCGGUGGAGAACCCUAGGAUCCGUGAACUUCCCGGAGGCGCCAUGAGUUGCAUUAACCUGCCCACCGUGCUGCCCAGCUCCCCCAGCAAGACCCGGGGGCAGAUCCAGGUGAUUCUCGGGCCGAUGUUCUCAGGAAAAAGCACAGAGUUGAUGAGACGUGUCCGUCGCUUCCAGAUUGCUCAAUACAAGUGCCUGGUGAUCAAGUAUGCCAAAGACACUCGCUACAGCAGCAGCUUCUGCACACAUGACCGGAACACCAUGGAGGCGCUGCCCGCCUGCCUGCUCCGAGACGCGGCCCAGGAGGCCCUGGGCGUGGCUGUCAUAGGCAUCGACGAGGGGCAGUUUUUCCCUGACAUCGUGGAGUUCUGCGAGGCCAUGGCCAACGCUGGGAAGACUGUAAUUGUGGCUGCACUGGAUGGAACAUUCCAGAGGAAGCCAUUCGGGACCAUCCUCAACCUGGUGCCGCUGGCCGAGAGCGUGGUGAAGCUGACCGCGGUGUGCAUGGAGUGCUUCCGGGAAGCCGCCUAUACCAAGAGGCUCGGCACAGAGAAGGAGGUAGCUCCACCUGCCUUCCCUGCGGGCCGGCGGGGUGGGGGUGUGGCUCUGCCUCCUUCCUGUCCUGGCCCUUCACCUGUCCUCUGUCCCUGCCAGGUCGAGGUGAUUGGGGGAGCAGACAAGUACCACUCUGUGUGUCGGCUCUGCUACUUCAAGAAGGCCUUAGGCCAGCCUGCUGGGCCGGACAACAAAGAGAACUGCCCAGUGCCAGGAAAGCCAGGGGAGGCCGUGGCUGCCAGGAAGCUCUUUGCCCCACAGCAGAUUCUACAAUGCAGCCCCACCAACUGAGAGGCCUGCAAGGGCCGCCCGCUCCCUUCCUGCCGCCGCUGCCUAGCGGACACUGCCCCACAUGCUGCCUGCCCCACAUGCUGCCACUCCAGGAGGAAGCUGGGAGGCGUGGAGGGUGACCACACCUUGGCCUUCUGGGAAGUCUUUGUGUGGCUGCCCCACCUGCCACAUACUCCCUCCUGUCCUAGCCACUGGCCUGCUUAAAGCUUCCCUCUCGACUGCUGGGACGAUCACCCAGGCUGGAGCUGGCCCCGCUUGAUGGCCUGAGAUCUGGCACACUCCCCCUCCUUUGGGUGAGGGACAGAGCCACACGCUGUUGACAUAAGCCUGCUUCUUCCCCUCUGCGGCUUUCACUGCUGAGUUUCUGUUCUUCCUGGGAAGCCUGCACCAGCACCUUUGAGCCUUGGGCCACACUGAGGCUUAGGCCCUUCUUCCUGAGGAUGGCCUGGACUCACGCCCUCUUGCUUCCUUUUGGGCUCAAAGCCCUUCCUACCUCUGGUGAUGGUUUCCACAGGAAUAACAGCAUCUUUCACCAAGGUGGGUGGCACCAACCUUGCUGGGACUUGGAUCCCAGGGGCUUACCUCUUCAAGUGGGGAGACAGGGCAGAGUCCAUGCCUCUGCUGUAGUGUAUCAAAUUAACUAAUUCAAAAUUCA